CUCGCUACUCACACGAGCUCAUUGCACAGUUCACUCCAACUACAACAGCAGUCGUGUGUCCCUAUUAAGGACAAGAGGAUCUUAACUGCAACUAUUCUCAUGAUAAUGGCUUCCAACAUGGAAAGAGUUUCGUCCGACUAUGACACCUGCAGCCAGAUGUCCUAUUCCUCUUCAGAUGAUGAGGACUCCUUCAGCAUGCAGUCUUCUUCUCCCUUCUCCUCUGGACACAUGACAUCCCCAGCCCAAACUCCUGAGAAGUGCCAGGAGGAGAAGGACACGAGGAAGAAGCGGGUGAGAAGUAAGGUGAAGAAUGAGGCUGUUCUCCACACCAUCAAAAAGACCAGGAGGGUGAAAGCCAAUGAUAGAGAGAGGAAUCGUAUGCACAAUCUCAACUCGGCACUAGAUGAGCUCAGAAGCAUCUUGCCAAGCUUCCCUGAUGACACUAAGCUGACCAAGAUUGAGACUCUGCGCCUGGCCCAUAACUACAUUUGGGCGCUGUCUGAAACCUUGAGGUUGGCAGACCAGUGCAAAGAGAAGCCCCUCAAAGAUCUGGGGCACCCUGCCUACUUAAAUCCUGCUACCCCUCCCAGCCCUGGCAGUGAUGCUGAGUCCUGGAUGUCCUCUUCUUCUCCAUCAUCAUCCUCAUCCUUCUCAGUCUGCACUUCCAGCCCCAGCAGCCCAGCUAUGUCUGAAGACUGUUAUUAUGGACACACAGACUCUCUGUUCUCACUCCACACCCUGCCACAAAACAUGAUCCAGCGUUCACACUGCUUUAUGCAGUACCACUAGUACUGCAGUGUUCUGUUUCACAUUAGCCUGCUUACCAAAACGCCAUCUUUCUGGUGACUCCAAGCAGCAACCUAACUUUGCCUUAAUUCAGACUGAACUUCCCAUCAGCAAGGUGCAGAGGUGCUCACAUCUUGUUGCCUUUUACCCAGAACCAUUGUCAAGUCACUAUUCAGUACUGUCAAAUGUAAAACAGAAUCUGGCACCAAUAGUGUCCCCUUUCCUCUAAAGGUUUUGCCUUUUUGCACUUUCUUAUACAAUACCUUCUUUCUCGCUCUCCUUAAAUCUGUCCCUCUUCAAGAUGUCUGUAAAAGUGGCUUUUUUUCUGGACUGGGUGAAAAGUCAAUUUUACAAUUUGUAAAACUCUCACGAAGAAAAAUGAGCAUGACAAUUUGCUUUUAGAGGCCCUGACAAUACAAUGAAAAGGUCUGAAAGGAAGACAAGGGAUUGUCCUCAUGCAUUAUUUAUCCUGAGCCCAAGUGCUAUAGAGCAGGACUCAACCCGGGCCUGACAGUCAGUUCUCAGACGUGAGAGAACUGACACGAUUAAUUUAUUCGAAAUUAUUUCAUUCAUAUGAAAAUGUAUUUUUUGUAUAUAAAGAUUUUUUUUUAUUCUAUUAUGGACGCAUCAUAAUGUUUUGUAUUUCCUAUGUGCAAAUAAAAUUUUCUACAUUUUUACAAA